AUGCUGAAGCCAAGCAUCACUUCGGCUCCCACGGCAGACAUGGCGACACUGACAGUGGUCCAGCCGCUCACUCUGGACAGAGAUAUUGCAAGAACAAUUGAAUUACUGGACAAACUACAGGAAUCUGGAGAAGUAAAAGUGCACAAGCUACAGUCCCUCAAAAAAGUGCUUCAGAGUGAGUUUUGUACAGCAAUUCGACAGGUAUAUCAAUAUGUGCAUGAAACGAUGACUGAUAAUGGCUGUCCUGAAUUCUGUGCAAGGACUAUACCAAAGGCAACAGUUGCAUCUUUUGCAGCUAGUAAAAGCCACCCUCACCCUCAUGUAGUCGAACUGCCAAAGACUGAUGAAGGCCUUGGUUUUAAUAUGAUGAGAGGAAAGGAGCAAAAUUCCCCAAUUUAUAUCUCUCGUAUCAUUCCUGGAGGGGUGGCUGAAAGACAAGGAGGACUCAAAAGAGGAGACCAGCUGUUCUUGGUGAAUGGAGUGAGUGUGGAAAGAGAACACCAUGAGAAAGCUGUGGAACGACUCAAGGCUGCCAAGGACAGCAUCCAGCUGGUGGUUAGAUACACACCAAAAGUGCUGGAAGAAAUGGAGGCUCACUUUGAAAAGCUAUGGACAGCCCGAUGUCGACAGCAGCAGUAA